CUUUUGCGGACGUAAGUAAAAGUGAAAGUAAGUGCGUUGAGUGGAUAUAGUAGGUGAGUGGGUACAAGGGACCCGUGAGUACUACAACUUUCAACGAGGCUUCAUUUUCUUAAAUAACAGAGGAGCUGGUCUUCGUUAUAUAUUGAAUUUGUGGGAGACUUUGAUCGACAACUUAUUUUAAGCAAUGGCUACAAAAGCAUCAAAUUUAGUUGUUUUUCUUCUCUCUUUGCUUCUUCUGUUCUUAUUGAUAUCCUUUCAAGUUGGAGUCGCCGACGCCACACGCAACAAACGUCAAGGACAAGAACAGCGUGUGGAUUAUGAUUACCCUCGCCCUCCCACCGCCCCUAUAUAUCUGCCGCCGUCUAAAUCGCGCAAAGGAAAAGGUCCAUAAGCCAAAGUACUUUUUGACAAGUGAUGGAGAAGAAACUAUAAUUGUCAAGACUCAAGAGACUCGAGAUUAAUGUUGUAUUGUGAUUUCAUAUAAUUACGUUUUCGAUCAUAUCACUUUUUAAGAUAUUUUAACGGUAUUUGGUUAUAUAUAUAUGUUGUCGGUUCUAGUGGUUUGGCCAUGUAUUUAUCAUAGCUAAUUUUCCACUACUUUCAGUGGCUAAAUCACCAUUGCAGUUGAAAGUUAUAAAUCUGUUGCCAAUUAACCUUAAACAAUUGUGGCUAAAUCAGUUGUCAUAAUCACGAAGAAAUGUUAUGACUAUGUCGUGUUUUAGUACUGGUCAGAGAUGACUACGGAUUGAACUUAAUCA